AUGGGUUCUAAUGGGGGUGUGAACCCUGCCUCUCGCUACUUCGAAGCUGAGAAUAACUACGGCGAGUGUAGCGUCUGUCUGUGCCAGUGGACGGAUGCGCUAGAGGCGUUUCCGUGUCGUCAUAUUUACUGUGCCGCGUGCGUGAAGGGACUCAUGGAGUGCCCCGAGUGCUGCGCGACAAUAGAGCGUCUGCAGGAGCCGAAUGUGGCACUACUGGAGUUGCAGAAACAUUCGAAGGGGAAGUGCAGCGCGUGCGGGUGGGUGGGCUCAUACGAGGCGUUUGUACGGGACCACAAAACAUGUGACGCGAAGGUGACGUCGCGGGUGGAGUCCGUGUCGGUCUCUUCCGCGGCGCAGAGCCAUGUGGGUUCGGAGUACUUUUUGGAGGUGGCAGAAACGGGGCGUGGAAACGGAGCGCACCAAAACAAACGUUGUGAACGAAAAGGCGAGCGACGCCCAUCACGGUCUGCGGAGUCGACGCGACGACCAACACAACAGCAGCAAAACCAACAGCAACAACAACAACAACAACAAUUGGGCGACCGAGGCUGGACUCUGGGUUUUGUCCCAAACAUGCUGCGGCAUGAUCUCUCUCUUUGUCUCCCGCGAGAACGAGUAGAGAUGUGGAAACAAGAGAUCUCCUGCACCGCGAGCGAAUAUGGACUUAGCGAAGAGGAAUUCACCUUCUUGAAGGAUAACUGGGUGGAUUUUGCCACCCUUAGUCCUAAGAGCAACAACCCGGAGCUGCGCUGGCGUGAUGCGUGCCGGCUUUUACGCUACAUGAACCUUCCAAGCCACCCAAAUGACGUGAUUGCUUUGUUCAGGAUGGCAAUGCAGUCAACAGAAGAUGGGAGCGUUCCGUUCCACGUCGUUUGUCUCUGGAUCCCACUAUCGCGGCGUGAUCCCAGGCGGUGGUACGGAAUGGAUGAGAAAAGCUACAUCCCGCUGUUAAGGUACGCCCAGAUUCUGGAUGUCGAGAAGACAGGGUUAUUCAAUCAGGACCAGUGCAAGGGGGUUGGUGAACAGAUGCUAAUGCGCGAGUUUACGGCUUCAGAGUGGCAAAGUAUUCUUCCACUUGUCUUCACCAGGGCACAGGAGUUUCGCGCCAGCACUCCCUUCUACCAGUCCACGGUCCCGAAAGAGCAGCUGGUGAAGUUGCCACUGCACGAAAUCAUUCUUCUCUACAAGAAGUUUUUCGAUCCAGAUAAAAAAUCCGCCAAGGCACGAGAAGAGGUGGAGCGGAAGUCCAGCAACUACCAGCAGCGUAUAAAGCGCAUGCUGCAAUAUUACAACCCCGCUGCCAUGGCAAGCAUCGACAGCACACUGCAGGAGUUGAAGGGUCACGAGGAGAGCCUUUUGAUGGCGCUCGUUGAAGACUACGGCCCUGAGCCACUUUGA